GGCAAACUUUUUGCUUUGACGCAGCAAUCGCAAGACAGUUGCUCUGCCGGUGCCUGUAAACAAAUCGAGGGUACAGGCUGUCAGCUCAAGCUAGUGACCACAUCAGCUUGGAAAGCUCCACCGGCUGGGAGACUGCUGGCUCAUCCACCGUUAGCUUUUGUCAAAACCCAAUUCGGUCCAGCGAUUAUUUCCGCGUUUUAUUAUAUUCUGUCGUAAUUCGUUGGUCUCAUUUUUUCCUUUCCGCUGACCAUGGCUGAUCCCAAAUACGCAAAUUUGCCAGGAAUUGCGUUUAACGAGCCGGACGUGUAUGAAACCGGUGACCUUCCUGAAGAUGACCAGGCUCAGUUUGAGUCGUUUGUACAAGAGGAGCUUUGCAGUGACAGCGUGGAGAGGAUUGUGGUCAACCCCAAUGCCGCCUAUGACAAGUUCAAAGACAAGCAUGUCAACACCAAGGGACUCGACUUUUCAGACAGAAUCAGUAAAAGCAGAAGAGUUGGCUAUGAGUCAGGAGAAUUUGAAAUUCUUGGAGAGGGCUGUGGAGUGAAGGAGACGCCCCAGCAGAAGUAUCAGCGCCUAGUGAACGAGAUCCAGGAACUCACACAGGAGGUGGACGCCAUCCAGGCUGCCACAAAGGAAAGUAAUGCAGAGGAGCGUCUCACUCCAGUGGUGCUGGCCCAGCAAGCAGCCCAGCUCAAACAGCAGCUGGUUUCCGCCCAUCUCGACUCACUGCUUGGACCACAGGCACACAUCAACCUGGCUGACCCAGAUGGUGCACUGGCCAGGCGUCUGCUCACCCAGCUGGAAGCCGCCAAGGGCAGCCGUGGCAGCGCUGCAGGAGACAGCAAGCAGACAGCAUCAACUAAGGGCCCAGAUGGAGUGGUACUCUAUGAGCUGCACAGCAGACCAGAGCAGGAGAAAUUCAAUGAGUCUGCCAAGAUGGCAGAAUUGGAGAAGCGUCUAGCUGAGCUGGAGAUAGCUGUUGGCUCAGGAUCAGACAAGCAGGGACCUCUGAGUGCUGGCGUACAAGGAGCCAGUUUGAUGGACACCAUAGAGCUCCUGCAGGCAAGGGUCAGUGCUCUGGAUUCUGCUACUCUGGAUCAAGUGGAGGCAAGACUGCAGAGUGUCCUUGGGAAGAUGAAUGAGAUUGCUAAACACAAGGCAGCAAUUGAAGAUGCUGAGACACAAAACAAGGUGUCAAAGUUGUAUGAUGUGGUGCAGAAGUGGGAUGCCAUGUCCACUUCCGUACCUCAGGUGGUGCAGAGGCUCGUUGCUGUCAAGGAGCUGCAUGAGCAAGCCAUGCAGUUUGGCCAGCUGCUGACCCACCUGGAUACCACUCAGCAGAUGAUCAACAACUCCCUGAAAGACAACAACACCUUGCUAACACAGGUCCAGCAAACAAUGAAGGAAAAUCUAGUGGCUAUAGAGGAGAACUUUGCUGCACUAGAUCAGAGGAUGAAGAAGCUUUCGAAAUAAACAGCAGCAGAGUUUGGAUUGGUCCAGAAGAAGUGUAGAACAUGGACAAUUUGGAGUUGGCUAGAGAGCACAGAUAAGGGGGAUUGGGGUUUAACGCUGUCCUUUCUGGCCACCUUUUUCUUGCUCUCUACUCCCGCCUCUGCCUUUUUUCACUAAAUGGAAUGUUAGAAAGUUGGAAAAGAUGGAAUAACAAAAAAGAAAGGCGACCAAAUGUUCUUGUCCAACCUCCUUUCCUUUCUCUUGCAUCAAACGGAUAUCUGAAAACACAUUUGUCCACACUAUUCAUGCAGCUGAUUGCAGUCCCCAGUUAAGCUUAUUGAGUUUUAGACUGGAUUGUUUUUAUAAUUAUUACAAUAGAAAAUUUUGUCAUUCCUUUGGACCUUCACGUGACGACUGGAUUUGUACUGUAAAUUUUGGUAAAAUAAAAUGGGUGACACGUGAAAGAUGGUGUCAGCAGUGUAAAAAUAAAGAUCUAUUGUCCUAAGUUGUUGUAGCAGAAGCACGUUUGUGCAAGCAUCAGGGCCAUGUCACCGAAGGAAAGCUUGUAAAUAUGCCUGUGAACCUUAUUGUUUCUUCACACAGUCACUUGUAACUAUAUUAUUAUGACUGAGACAGCAGACACCACAGACAAACUUUUAAUCUGCUUUGUCAUUGCCUACAAGUUAACUGUAUUGUUCAUCUGUGGUCAUGAAAACUGAUCAAUAAAACAGUGCUAUAA